AUGUCUCUUGCUCCCCGCACCGCCCUCCGCGCAGCUCGUAUCGCUACCCCCCUCCGCUCAGCCAUUGCCGUCCGCGCCGCGCACACUUUCGCCGUCCCCACCUCGCCCCGCACCCUCGCCCCCCGUCGUCCCCAGAUCCAGUUCAAGAUGGCUUCCUCUACCGCUAGCCUCACCACCGCUGCCGAGGUCAAGGCCGGCUCGCCCGUCCCCUCGGUCUCGAUCCGUAUCGGUGACAUGAACUCGACCAUUGACUUUGCCGGCCUCAAGGGCAAGAACGUCAUCGUCACCGUUCCCGGCGCCUUCACUCCCACCUGCCACUCGCAGGUUCCCGGCUACAUUGAGCUCUACGAGCAGUUCAAGGGCAAGGGCGUCAACGAGAUUUACAUUGUCUCGGUCAACGACCUCUUCGUCGUCAACGCCUGGAAGAAGGACCUCCUCUCGCAGGCUGGUCUCGAGCCCAACGAGUCGGUCAAGUUUGCCGGUGACGACAAGGGUGAGCUCACCCACGCUCUCGGCAUUGUCCUCGACGCCACCGGCGGCCUCGGCAACCUCCGCUCCAAGCGCUCGGUCAUUGUCAUUGAGGACGGCAAGGUCGUCAGCAUCAAGGUCGAGCCCGACUCUGGCAAGUCCACCGUCACCCAGGCCGACGACCUCAUCAAGACUCUUUAA